CAACAUCCAAUGAUAUAAUAGUUGACACCGGAAGUUUUGCUCAGAGUUGACCUUUGCACACCAUGGACGAAAUCGCAGAAGAUGAAACUACGUUUGUCGUGGAAGACGUGACCAAGCUAAUAAAGGACUCCAUAGAAACAGUGAUUGGAGGACACACAUAUCAACACUUCAGAGUGAACCAGUGGAGCACCGGUAUAGUGGAGCAGUGCCUCAGUCAGCUCUGCAAGCUUGGAAAGCCCUUCAAAUACAUUGUUACCUGUGUCAUCAUGCAAAACAAUGGGGCGGGUCUGCAGACAGCCAGCUCGUGCUUCUGGGACAACUCAACUGAUGGAAGCUGUGCGGUUAAAUGGGAGAACAAGUCCAUGUGCUGCAUUGUCAGUGUUUUUGGCUUGGCUAUCUAAAAAAAAUGUUUAGCCAUAUUGGCUAUAUUGCAAUUUUUGUGUCAUGUAUAAUUAAAAUAGAUCAAAUACAAUUAUCUCAGUUCAUAUGUAUGUUUUAUCCAAUUUAUUUGAAACACACCAGGCCCCACAAGCUCCUGAAACCACCAAAAGACCUGUACAUGUUCAAUAAAGUGAUUCCUAAAAAGGAAGUUUGAUGUAUGUUCAGAAAAGGCACCACGUUAACAUUUGUUUUGUCACUUUGUAAACAUAUGACAAAACAAAGGAUGAUAAAUGUUUGGCAUGUUGGUGCGAGGAGAGGAUCAUACAUAUUCCAUAUAAUAUAAAGGCCAGUGGUUUAACCAUAAUUAUGUCACAAAUUCAACAUGAUACUUCAGUAGUAAAUACAAAUCCAGUACAAUAUGAAAUGUCUUCUAACAAAUAAAUAAUAAUGCCUCCACAAAAAGAUAAAAGAUACUGCCACAACAAUGUUAUCUUUUAAAAAAAACAUUAAGCGCAAAUGUGGCUUAUAAAACGCAGCUUUGGCACUUAAGAGUUCAGAUGUGGCCGCUGCUUUUUAAU